ACUUCUCUACCACACUGCUUGCUGGCAGUCUUUAGAAGACACUUCACUUCCCACAUUAUCAUCACACACCGCCUCUCUCUCUCCUAACUCUCUCUCUCUCGGAACAAUGGCUGCCACCCUUUCUUUCCACCAAUUCUCACCCCAGGCCGGUCGACGAACCAAAGAUUUCAGAAGAAAAUUCAGCCCCGCUGUUAACUUGAAGUUCAAUGGGAAUAGUGUGGUUAGCUGCUCGUAUUCGAGUAAUGGGAGCGGAGGGCCCAAAGACGACGGCAUAAAGGAUGUGGAGAGGCUUGUGGAAGAGAAGCGUCGGGCUGAGCUGUCCGCCCGUAUCGCCUCCGGUGAAUUCACCGUUGAGAAAUCUAGCUUUCAAUCACAGCUGAAAGAUGGUUUACUGAAAUUGGGUUUGCCCAAAGAGGUACUUGAGUUCAUAUUUAAUCUCACCACUGGUUCAGAGGACCAUUUAAAGAUUCCAGAGGCAAAGGGUUCGAUCAAUGCCAUAAAAAAUGAACCCUUCUUCAUCCCAUUGUACGAGCUCUACCUAACUUAUGGUGGAAUUUUUCGGCUAACAUUUGGUCCAAAGUCGUUUUUGAUAGUUUCAGAUCCUUCAAUCGCAAAACAUAUAUUGAAAGACAAUCCAAAAACUUAUUCAAAGGGCAUUUUGGCUGAAAUUUUGGAUUUUGUAAUGGGGAAAGGACUUAUACCUGCUGAUGGGGAAAUAUGGCGUGUUAGGCGACGUGCUAUAGUCCCUGCACUGCAUCAGAAGUUUGUGGCUGCAAUGUUUAGCCUUUUUGGCGAAGCAACAGAUAGACUGUGUAAGAAGCUUGAUGCUGCUGCAUCUGAUGGUGAGGAUGUGGAGAUGGAGUCUCUUUUUUCCCGUUUGACAUUAGAUAUCAUUGGGAAAGCUGUAUUCAAUUAUGACUUCGACUCUUUAAAACUUGACACUGGAAUUGUAGAGGCUGUGUACACUGUGUUGCGAGAAGCAGAAGACAGAAGUGUUGCACCGAUUCCGUUUUGGGAGAUUCCUAUAUGGAAAGAUAUUUCCCCAAAGCUGAAGAAAGUUAACGCAGCUCUCAAGCUGGUCAAUGAAACGCUUGAUGAUCUGAUCGCAAUCUGUAAGAAAAUGGUAGACGAAGAAGAACUUCAGUUUCAUGAGGAAUACAUGAAUGAACAAGACCCUAGUAUUUUGCAUUUCCUAUUAGCAUCUGGUGAUGAUGUUUCGAGCAAACAACUCCGUGAUGAUCUAAUGACAUUGCUCAUAGCUGGACACGAGACGUCUGCUGCUGUGCUGACAUGGACCUUUUAUCUUCUUUCACAGGAGCCUAGUGUCAUGGCGAAGCUUCAAAAUGAGGUUGACUCAGUUCUCGGUGAUAGAUUUCCGACCGUUGAAGACAUGAAGAAGCUCAAAUAUACAACUAGAGUAAUUAAUGAAUCAUUGAGACUCUACCCACAACCGCCUGUUUUGAUCCGCCGAUCUCUUGACAAUGAUGUACUCGGAAAGUACCCAAUAAAAAGGGGUGAAGACAUUUUCAUUUCUGUCUGGAAUCUGCAUCGCUGCCCUAAUCACUGGGAAGACGCCGAAAAAUUCAAUCCUGAAAGGUGGCCUUUAGAUGGUCCAAAUCCGAACGAGACUAACCAGAAUUUCAGUUACUUGCCCUUUGGAGGAGGACCAAGAAAAUGCAUCGGCGACAUGUUUGCUUCAUUUGAGACUGCUGUAGCAGUAGCAAUGCUUAUUCGUAGAUUUGACUUCCAACUGGCCCUGGGAGCACCUCCUGUCAACAUGACUACAGGGGCAACGAUUCACACAACAGAAGGCUUGAAGAUGACGGUCACACCAAGGAGACGACCUCCUAUCAUUCCAAACCUGGAAAUUCCGACUGUAAAAGCCGACUCAUCACUAAGCAUUCCGGAGGUGAAGACAGUCUCAGGCCAGAAAGAUGAGGUCUCCUCUGCACUUCCCUAGUUACCUGGUAUGGUCCCCCCAUCAUAAUUAUCGGAGAAAGAAAAGAUACUAAUAAGGGGCCUACAACUAUGUCCUAAUAUGUAACAUAUCAGACGAAGAACGAAAAGGGUGUCGUCUUCUUGCUCCGGCCGUUGUGUUAGUUUCCUUCUAUUCUUGAAAUGUAUAUAGAGGUCUCUGCGUUCAUGUGUGUUGAGAGUUCUCUCCUACUCAACCAUCUUCAAUUACCAGAAGCCGGAGACUUCAAUAGUCUUUUGCUCCAAACAAUAGUUCAAUAGACAUAUGUAGCAUAUGGUUUGUGAAUCAAUACAUUUCAUCUCCCUUGAGUGAUAUAAACUGAUUUAUACAAUAGGCCAAAUUUCAUACUUA